AUGUCUGGUUGGCUCCUGACUGCGCCAGCUGACUUGAGGCUGUUCGCUCAUAGCUGGCGGUCCCCGAGUAACACUGGCGACGAUCCGUCGUCCAGUCCAUACACAGCCAACACCGGCUGGCCGACGCCUCGCAGUCUGCCUUCCCCUGGUCGACGCGAAUAUCCCAUGCAGCCGCCGCCUUUGACCACCUCUUUCAACAACCAUCAGUUCCAGGGCCAGGGACUCGGUGUCGGGCUCGGGGCGGGCUACUUAUCUACGCCGCUGUCGACCACCUCCCUGUCCAGCCCUUUCACCCAGUCUCCUGCUGUUAACUCAGCCGGUACAGCACUUGGUUCUUCACCCAUGGCUAUGGCUUCAAGACAGUAUAACGCCCCCUACAAUCCCCAGGACUGGGGGCCGGUCAAUCAUGGGCAGUCGCCCUAUUCGCAGUCGGGGAAUAUGCUCAGGGUGGUCUCACAACAUCGAUACGCCGUCCAGCCUGGUCAGUACCACUUCUAUACUUGUGGUGAUGAGCUGUCAUCGCCACCUCCACCGUACUCUCCUCCAAGCCAACAGCAGCAACAGCCGGACCAUGCAAGCCGUACCACGCCAGCUCAUGACACUACAUCUCCUAAUGCUGGAUCUCCGUACAUGGGCAGCCGGCAACAGUCGAUCCCACGUACUCGCCCGAUUUCCAUGGUGCGGCCAGACGCAGGUCAUAACAGACAGGUCUCGCUUCCCCCGCCUCCUCCAUUACCGCAGGGGGCUCCAUCGUCGAGGUCGUCCUCCCACAACCGGGCUGAUGCAUAUCACGAGCAAUCGUUCAACGGAGGAUCUCGGCCGUAUAUCAUGGUCUCAGAGGAUAACCUGCAUGCGUCUCAAUCGAACGCGUACGGCUAUCACGCUGCCGUUCAACGUGAGGACUCGGGCCGUGCUCCGAACUCUAGACGGGCGGUCUCGGCCGGGCCCGUUGUAUCGAGUGCAGGCUCCUCAAGAGCCGCAAGCCAAUCGAGGAGCGGAUCGCCACAGAACGCAGCUUGGGAGCCGGGAAUGCCUCUACCUCCGCCGCCGCCAGGCCCACCGCCGGCUCCGAGAUCGCAGAGUGUGAGCGGAUUGGGCGAUGGAUCAUCUUCACGCGGCUCGCAGCCACCACCUACCCGGAUAUCACGCCAACCUCCGUCUUUGGGAACUGGGCUUGGCAGCAUUCCACCGACACCGGCAGGAUGGGUGGACGAAGGUCCUUCUGAGCCUGCGCAGAGACCAGAAAGAGCGCCGUUGAAUGUCGACACUUCCAGUCAAUCAGUCUCUUGGGAAUCCAACGGUUCAGGGUCAAGCAUUACGCAUACAUCUCGAAACUCCAUUAGCGGCGGCCUCUCCCGCAGUGCAGCUGUUCGGGAUUCCAGUGUAAAGGGAAUUCGAGAACGACGGAUAGAACGCAGGAAUAGGCAGAGCCAGGUUUUCGAUGAUUAUAGUGCAGUGUCCACGAGCACAAACCCUUGGGCUGACGCUUUGGAACAAGUGAAACCGUCCAAUCUUGUUCUUGAUAGCCAACACAGCGCGGAGAAGUCCCGCGAUGCAUCUACCAAGUACACACCGCGCAGCAACCACAGCGUCACAUCUGAUAUACCUACAUCCCAGUCUCGGGCGUCUUCAACGAGCCUGUUUUCCUCGAAUCGUUCCCCAUUCUCAACUCCUCGAGCGGAGCCGAGCCCGCUUGGACCGCCAUCACAGAGAUAUGCGCAGACGCCUCCUUUCUCGCCGAAUGCCGAGACAUCUUCAUUCCAAAAAUCCUCGUCCCAGGCCAUUCCCCCGAAAGCCCUCCCCACCCCACCGUUGCAGUCAGGACAAGACUCUCGGCCGUCUUCUGUACAUGGACUCCGGGAGAACCGUCCAGUCUCGCACAUUCUCCACUUGCCUAAUGAGAAUGUCAGUUCUCCUGUCCUGCAGCCGCGGCGGUUAUCGAUCCACAGCGGACAAUCCCUGGAUUCGGUCGUCAACCAGGACGCAGAACUCAUCCAGAGCGCCACACGGAGGCAUAAGGAGUUUAUCGAGAAAGAAGCUAGUGCUACUGACGAGGCGGAAGCUCUCCGGCUGUUCACAGAGUUUAUCAUCAAUGAAUCGCAGAUCCGGCGUGAACGGUAUAGCAAGAUUUUUGAUGCUGGCUCUUUCAAUUUGGAACAGCUACAGCAGAAGCUCUUCCAGCUGCCACCACCGAAACCAGCGCCAGCCCCUGCAGCGCUGAAUCGACGGUCACUCAAAGGGCCGAAACUGGACAUUCCUACGACCCGAGGAGAAUCCUCGUGGAACAACUACAAACCGUGUCUCUCCCCCAUAGCCAGCCUCGGAAUCAGCAAUGACGAGAGCUCUAGAGGCCGUGCACCAAGUCGCUGGUGGGAAUCCAGAACCGGGUCCGGCAGCGAAGGGGGCGAACGGAGAGUCCAGCGCUCGAAGCGAGAGUCCAAGUACAUGGGAUUACCACUGGGACUCCGCAGCAACGGUAGUGCAGAGCACACCUUUGACCACUUUAACCAGUACGGGGAGUAUGGUCCAGACGAGUACCCGCCUGAAAAGGUCGGCUGGCACGAGGACCAAACCCUUCCAGAAUAUCCCACCCCCAGCCAGAGCAGCGCCAGCUACAGCGCAUCCACGGAGCAUCAUAAUCACAAAAUGGACGUCUCGCGCCUCAUAACCCUGCCACCUCCAUAUCCCCGCCACUACCCAGCGGUCAACAACAGCCACCCUGAACUAGUCACGUACCGCACACUCGUGCGCUCCAUCAGCGACCACACCGAGAUCAAGACCACGCGCCAACGGUACGCCACGGACGCCGAAACCCUCUGGGCCACGCACCGCGAACGCAUCAAAGACCACCGCCGCCAAUUCCGCGCCAACAUCCAGUCCCAGAUCCAAGACGGCAGCAUCUCAUUCGCUGAAGCGGCAGAGGCCGAAGCCGCGCUCAUCAACGACGAGAACUCGCGCGAACGCGCACUCACAAAAAAGCUCUUCGACUCGUACCAGGAAACAGUCCUCAAACCCCUUCAAGCAAUCCUAACAGACCGCAUCGACCGCGCAACAGUCUGCAUCGACGAUCUCCGUGGUAAACUCUUCGACGACGCCCAACACGACUCACCGGACCAGCCGCAGGAAGAAGGCGACGAGAAACCCGAGCUCCUCGAAAAGCUCACGCAGCUGAAAUGGCUCUUCGAAGCGCGCGAGCAACUCCACCGCGAGAUGUACGACCUAAUUACAGCCCGCGACGAGAAAUACAAAGCCCUCGUGAUCCUCCCAUACCAACAAUCCAAAAACGACGACAAAAUCGCCAGCACGGCCUCCUUCUUCGCGCGCGACGCCCUCGACCGCCGCGCAAAUUUCGAAAGCAACGCCCUAUCCCGCCUGCAAUCCUUCCAGUCCGUGAUCGAGGAAAACGUCGUCCGCGGCGUGGAAAUGCAGCUCUCCGCCUUCUGGGACAUCGCACCGUCCCUGUCCACACUUGUGCAGGGGAUCCCGGACCGUCUCGACGGCUUCGCCAUCCAGAUCCCUGCGACCGAGUACGAGGAGAACCCGUCUUAUCUGCGUCACCCGCUGCAAUAUCUGUACACGCUGCUCUCGCACGCCGAGAAAUCGAGCUACCAGUUUAUCGAGAGCCAGACCAAUCUGUUUUGUUUGCUGCAUGAAGUCAAGUCCGCUGUGAUGCGCGCGAACUGUAAACUGGACGAGACGGAGCGGAUUCGUCGCGGGGAAGCCGAGGAUGUUGUGGCGCGCGAGAUGCGGGAGAGUCAGGCUGGUGAGGAGCGCGCGUUGACGAAUGAUUUGAAGGAUAAGGUUGCUACUGUUGAGGGGCAGUGGACUGAGGCGCUGGGAAGCGAGAUCCAGGCCCUGAGGGGACGGGUGAGGGAGCACUUGGAGCGGGAGGGCGGGUGGGAGGACCUGGAGUCAUUGGAGCAGGCUUGA